AUUGUCUUCAUUCAGUUGUUACACAUUCAGGUGAAUAUGAAUUUAAGGUGAAGUUCUGCUACCUGUGUCCACACUGAAUGGUAUAUCUGGAAAAUACUUCUUGUAGCUGUGGAAUGUUUUCUUGAUACAGAGGUCUAGUCUGUGCUGGUCAGAGAGCCCUUCCCUGAGUACAGACCCUUGCAUGUGCCAGCUGUUGCUGUGCAGCGUGCUAGGUCCUGAAUGGAAGAAUAGGAUUUUUGUUGGUUUGGGGCUUUUUUACAGAAAGUGUGCUUUCAGUCCUUUGGUUUCACUUCCAGUGCUCACUCUGUUUUUGACAGCCAUUACUGCGGCUGGACUGUGAAUGGUCUGAUGUGGAGUCCAUGAACUGUUGGUCAGAAGCAGCCAUUGUAAGAACCUUGGGGUGCAAUUCAGUACUGCAGAGUAAAGCUUUCUGUACAGACUGGAGAUGUUUGAUAUGAACUGAGCUCUUCCAGGAGGAAAUUAUUUCACAGGAGCACAACCUGAGAACAUUUCAUCAUGGAAUACCUGUGACUGAUUUGAUAUCUGUGAAAAAGCAAAUUGUUUGCAGGAGGGCCUAUCACGAUGCACUGAGAGAGACAAGGGAUAAGGAGUAAAUUUAUAUGGAGUACUAAAUAUAUCUGUGAUACUGCGUGUGUGAUUCCUGCAGGUGGGGAAGCUGAGGCACUGUGAAAAGCUGUAUAGUGUGGCAGUAGGUGUGCUCAUGUAGUGACAGCUGUUGCCUGACAGCCCCUUCCAGUAAGUCCUUCAUUCUUCCACAAGAAGUGCUUUGUGCUCAGCAGACCAAAACCUGCUCCUCGGAUUCCUGUUCAGUGGAUUUAAAUUGUUCUCAGAGAUAAGCCCUGGCAAAGGCAGAUGCAGCUUGUGGGGUGCUGUCUUUUUGGUAACCCCAAGGAUGGAUGCGGUGAUGAUGUAGUGGGAUGCCAUUUUAUUUUUUGAGUUUCUCCUUGGCUUCCUGUUGGGCGGCCUGGCUGUGCUGUCUGUAUUGCAGAUCUCCCACUUCAGGGCUGUUUCAGUAACUCAGGGUCACUCUUGAGUUAGAGCCAUCCAAACUUCAGCAGUCUGCCAUGAUUUAGUACCAUGCUGAACCUCUCCAGCUCGUGCAAGGGGAAGAGCAAGGUCUGGGUCUCUUGCUGGAAAAGGUUUUGAGGAGUAGGUUGGAAAAGAAAAUCCUUUGGAAGUUGUCAUCCUCUAUGACAGAAACGGGGCAGAUGAAUGCCCCAAAGAGAAGAGUAUAAAUUGAAAUGUGCACAGUUUAUGUGAGUGAGCAUCAUCCUGGAGAAGAAACAAACCUUGGGUUUGUUUUUCUGUGGGUUGUAUGUAGUGUUUGACCCUCUGGGGGGAAGCAGCCAGGAGUCAAUGCUGCGUGCUCUUGUUCUUGCAGCUAUGAUAACAGCAGGAAUUAGUGGUUAAUUGUUUUCAUUAAAAAUAGUGGGAGAGGCCUGCCUUGCAGAUCAGCCAUGGGGGGCAGCGGCUGGGUGCCUCCUUCCCCUGAAACCUACCCCUGAAAUAUCCCCUGAGCCAAGCAGUAGCUAAUUACAGCAUUUAUAAUGACACGAACCUUUAAUCACAUUGUCCAUAGUGGACUAAGAGCAUUAAAAAAGUAACAAAACCCCCGCUAAAGCCUGUCACAGGUGUCCUGUGCAAUUACGUUUUGCCACCCCCCGGACUUGAGGCUGAUGGCAGGACCUUCAGACAUGCUCCUGGUAAAAGAUAUUGUGUCAGAAACUUGUUCCCCUAGACCUUCUCUCUCUUGACAGUUGCCCUCCAGGUCAAGGGAGGAUUUUCUUAGUGCUGAGUGAAAGGUAGCUUUAAAGGUCAGAUUAUCCACCAGUCUUGUGGGAGCUGCUGAGGUAAAGCUGCUGCUGAGGUGUCUGCCUUUUUUACAUACCUGUAAAUCUGGCCCUGGUUCUGUAAAUAAUGAAGUUAUAUUUAAAGUGCAUUAUGUCAGAAGAGUUCCAGUGGCAACAAACCUUUUAAUGAAAAAGCAUAAAGCAAGAGAACUUUUUAACAAUAAAUGUCUUCCUACACUUAGCACGUUAGGGUGCAUAAUCACCCCUCUGCAUGGUUUUUGGCGUAAUAUGUGUGGUAUUGAGGAACUGGCAAGCUACUUGGCAUUUGUAGAGCAUCAAACAGUAGAUGACUAAGUCAGUCAGUGCAUCUAAAUAAUUAUAUAUAAGAAAUGCUUGUGAAAAUUAACCCCUCCAUCUUACAGAAAUAACCAUGGCAAUCUGUGUGGAGAUAGCAGCUAUUACUGCCCACAUACAGAUUGGUUUUGUUUCCCUACCUAACCCCGAGGUAAACAGAGUAACUGGCACAGAAUAUGAAGUGUUUUCUUUACUACUUAAUGCCUUUCAGUGGAUUCUGCUAACACAGUUACGCUGGCUAGUUACUCCUGCUAAACUGUAAAAUAGCUCAGGAGGGAACCAUUUCAGAAUUGCUUGACAGCAAGCCAGAUGCAUAAUGCCUGCAUACAUAAAAUAUGUUUUAAAAGGAAAAAGUUAAAGCUCAGUGGGAAUUGUUGGUGAUCUGCCUUUCUAAGAUGAAGUUUAUGUUAUUCCUUUAUCAAAUAAUUUUAAGGCAAGCAACUCCUCAGGAUAAGGAGAGGAAAAAAAAUAGGUCUGUAAUAACAACAAAAUACCUGUGUGGUUUUAUUUUUAGUCUGUGAGGAAAAUCAUUCAGGAGACAAUCCCAGAUUCUUGUGUUCGUUCUCCUGGGUCUGUGGUAGCUGAUCAUCCAGACCUAUUUUAAGCUCCUUGGCUGUAUAUUUUCUCCAAGCUUUCAAGAGGAAUUUUUAGGCUUUGAGGCCCGGGUGUCUAGCCUAAGUGUACCUGUGUUCCGCUGGCACCCGCUUGGCUUCAGCUCUUGUCGCGGAGACGCCGUGAGCCCGCUCAGCCCGGCGCUACACACUGCGUGCUCACAGCUCUGCCACUUGGUCAUUGCAGCGUGGCUCACACUCUGUCACCCUCACGGUGACCGUGUCGCCGGAGCUCUGUGUGCCCUGCAGCCAGCAGCCAUGGCGCACAUGGACUCAUCGGGAUUCAUCUAUCCAUGGCCUCCGCCUCCCUCCCGCCUGCUGCAUUUAUCUACCAGAGCACUGUAAUCCUCCUCUUUUCAGCCACACGCUUGGCAAUUAAGACACGAUCUGCCCUACUUAAGGUAUAAAUAAGCCUUUAAUGUUACUUGGGGAUUACAUUAGGACAUGAGGGGCUCUUUUGAAGGCCCGGCUUUGGCACAGCAGGAUUCACAAAGCAGGCUGCUCCCGCAAGAUGCUCGAAUAGGGGAAGGGAAAGGAUUCCCAGCCACACAUACAGAGAGCUGUGGCAGCUUCUGACUAGGGAGAUGCUAAAUUGGCCUUUAGCAGCUGUAAAAGUAUGUGUGUCAAGGGUAAGCUGGCUGUGUCCUUAGAUCAAAUAAACUUGUCCAUGCAGGCAAUAAUCAUCAGAGAGUUUACUGGCAUACUGAUGGAGCUGAAAUACUUGGAACUAGUUUCCUUCUUUUGAUUCCAGCAGGACUGGUGGGUGUAACACUCUCCACCUGACUGUCCUGAGUCUCCUUGGCUUAUGAGACCCAUGCAUCUGUGGCAGAUGUCUAUGUUUUGGCCAUCAUUUGCUCUUGCCUCUGGCUUGCUUUGCUGUGCUUGGGUGACUGAGGGAGCUUUUGUGUAUGCAGGAAGAUACUUAUGCUUUGAAACCUCUGAGUUUGGGGGGCAAAAAGCAAGCUGGGGAGUACCAGGUCUUGAGGUGUAUUUCAUGCAGUCAAAAAAAAAUUUCUGUAUUUGCACAUUUUCUACUUUCAUUACAAGUUAAGACACUGAAAUUAAACAAUUGAAAGGGAGUGAGGAGUCACUGGCAUCGUGUUGAAUACAAGGGCACACCCUGAGUGCACAGUGCCUCUCUGGAAACUUUUACAGCUUACUGAUAUGAUGAUGUUAGGACUGUAGAGUCAUUAAAUGGGAGUGAACCAUUUAACAUUAUUAUUUGUUAAUAAUUUCCCACUUCUGGAUCUCCUGGCGCUACUGAAUUACAGGCACUGGCACUACAGCUGUUAUCUCAGAUGCUCCCACAGCUGCCUGACACUGCCAGGAACUGGUGCUAGGAAAAGGAAGGAUUAAAUCUGUCAGCAUCAAAUACCCAUUCUUAGCUCAGCUACUGCAGAAAUAACACUUUUCUGAGUAAUUUGAAUAUUGCAUACUGGACUGUUUGCACUCUGUAGUUUAUAAACUUCUUUUGUGGCUUGAGGCAAACAUAAUAAACACUUUUGAGUCACAACCCAACCUUGUUUCCACUGCACUCUCCAAAAGUUUCCUUAGGACCCUGACCCUAUGAUCAGAGGUAGGAGUUUUACAGGUGAUAAGGCAGCUCCUUGGCAAAUCUGGAUUGCUUUGUGUGUCCUUUGGUAUGCUGGGCAGGGGGUACUGGUGGAAAGGGAUAUCUUGAUGUUGACUUUAGGCACUUGGGGCUUAAGGCACACAGAUGUCUACAGAUGUGCAUGUCUGUGCAGACUUUGUAGCAGAAAAGGAAGGAAAGAGGGAGAAGGGAAAGAUUCUUAUACACAUUUAUUUUUUCCCCCUUUUUUACUUUUUUAAAAUUUUAAAUUGUUUUUUUCUUUUAAUGGAGGGAUGGAUUUUAAUAGUGGGCAGCGGGUGUUUCCCUUGAGUUUGGCUUGUGCCUGUGCAGAGCAUUCCUGUCGUGCCCCGGGGCUGGCUCUGGGUGUAGCCGUCCCCCCCACGUGCCCGGCUGUGAGUCGCAGGAUCGGUGCUGUGGCCAGAGUCUCCAGGACAAGUGCUGUCUAGCAGAAGAGCUGAGGUGGAAGCUAGGAGCUUACCUAUGGAGCUGAGUGAGAAGGGAGGCAUACAGAACAAUGGAUUUGUUCAAAAUGAGGAUUUUGAGGACAAGGAGAUGGCCACCAGUAGCCAAGAAGAAAUGCCAAAGACGUGCAGUGUUGACGUGGAGCCGGUGGCUGUGGAGGAGACAGUGCUGAAGCCUUAUGCUGGGAUGCCAAAGGAGGUCCUGCUGCAGUUCUCCAGCCAGGCCCGCUACAGAGUCACCAGGGAGAUCCUCUUCUGGCUGGUGAUUGCCGGUGCCGUUGUGCUCGUGUGUGCUACAAUUGCCAUCAUUGCUCUUUCUCCCAGGUGCCUGGACUGGUGGCAGGCCAGCCCUAUUUAUCAGAUCUAUCCUCGCUCCUUCAGGGACAGCAACAUGGAUGGGAAUGGGGAUCUGAAAGGUAUCCAAGAAAAACUGGACCAUAUUACAUAUUUGAAUAUAAAAACCAUCUGGAUCACCUCUUUCUUUAAGUCCCCUUUAAAAGACCUUGGAUAUGGAGCUGAAGACUUCUAUGACAUUGAUCCUAUUUUUGGAUCAAUGACAGAUUUUGAGAAUCUGAUUGCAGCCAUACAUGACAAAGGGCUAAAGGUGAUAAUGGAUUUAAUACCAAACCACACCAGUGACAAGCACCGGUGGUUUCAGCUGAGCCGCAAUCGGACAGGGAAGUACACGGACUACUACAUCUGGCAGGACUGCAGGCAGGCUGCUGGCUCAGUCAUCCCUCCCAACAACUGGGUGAGUGUCUUUGGGAAUUCCAGCUGGGAGUUUGACGACGUGAGAAAGCAAUGCUAUUUCCAUCAGUUUGGGAAGGAGCAGCCAGACUUGAAUUUUCGCAACGCAGCUGUCCAGCAGGAAAUCCAUGACAUUAUCAAAUUUUGGCUCGGCAAAGGAGUUGAUGGACUUAGUUUUGGCACUGUUAAAUUUCUCUUAGAAGCAACACAUCUCCGGGAUGAGCCUCCAGUGAACAAGUCUCAGAACGGAGAGAGUAUCACAGCCUAUUCCCAGCUCUACCAUGACUACACCACCACCCAAGUUGGUUUGCAUGACAUCGUCCGUGGCUUCCGUCACACCAUGGAUGAGUUCAGCAGAGAGCCUGGCAGAUACAGAUUUAUGGGUUCUGAUGAUGAUGAAAAGGAAGAUAUUGAAGCAACAAUGAUGUAUUAUGGAACGACUUUUAUCCAAGAAGCAGAUUUUCCCUUCAAUUUCAACCUAAUUAACAUGAAAAAUCUAUCAGGCAACAGUGUUUCCGAAGCUGUCAACUCGUGGAUGCAAAACAUGCCUGCAGGAAAAUGGCCAAACUGGGCAGUUGGAAGUCCUAAUGCUGCUCGGAUUUCAACUCGGAUUGGGAAGGAGUACAUCAAUGUCAUGAACAUGCUGCUUUUAACCCUCCCUGGCACUCCUGUAACUUACUAUGGUGAAGAAAUAGGCAUGGAGAACAUUGCAUCAGAAAAUGCAACCCUCCCAGAGAAAUCCCCCAUGCAGUGGGAUGGAAAAGCUAAUGCUGGUUUUACUGAAGGCAACAGCAGCUGGUUACCUGUUAACUCUGACUACCAAAGUGUAAAUGUGGAGGUCCAGAGCGCCUGGUCCAACUCAAGCCUGGGUUUGUACAGAGCCCUGACUGUGCUGCGGAACGAGGAGCUGCCCUUGAACCGAGGGUGGCUGUGCCACGUCUGGAAUGACAGUGACGUGUUCGUGUACGUCAGGGAGCUGGACGGGAUGGACAGAGUCUUCAUGAUGGUGCUCAACUUCGGCCAGGAGGCAACAACAGACCUGCAGGCCAGAGUCCCUAACCUUCCCUCCGAAGCUGUAGUGAGACUCAGUACUCAUUUUAGCAAUGCUGGCAAAGUGGUCAAUACCAAACUAAUUAAAACUGAAAUGGGAGAAGGCCUGGUCCUACAAUAUAAAACAGCAAAGCCUGUUCAUACUAUGGAAGCUUUUCAAGGGAAGUGUUUUGUGGCAGAAAAAGCUUGUUAUUCCAAGGCCCUCAAUUUACUCUACGUGAACUGUUAAGUAGAGGAGUAGAAUACCCGUGCUUUCAUAUUAAUUUAGAAGAUACUAGCUUCAGGGAAAUGCUAAAAAUGCUCCAUUUUCUUCAGCUUUUAGAAUGUUAUUUGUAUACAAAAUAAAUGUCCUGAAAAAUCAGA